UAAGCAUUGUGACGUAACACGCAGAAAUUAUAAACCAUUACGUCAAACGUCACGCGGCGGUCAACCGGUUAAUUUUACCCGGUUAACGGUUAAAGUGUUUUCCCUGAAAUUUCCAGCCCUAGCGGUUAGACAUUUGAUUUCUCUUCGCAUAGGUGAGUCAAGUUGCUUUUUCUUCAAUUAAUUAGAACUCAAUACAUGCAAUUGUAUUCCAAAAAAAUAUUGUAUAAAUCAAAAACUAACACUUUAAUUACCCUAAAAAAUAUGAUUCCAUAUUGGCUCUGGAAUUUAAUUUGGCAAAAAAAAGUCUUAGAAUCAGGAAAUUCGAAUAUAAAAGCAGCUCUCCAAAUACUCGAUCGAUUUACAUUAAUAUACGAUGUCAGGAAAGAUGAGGACAGUGUGAAGCAUGGGGUGAAGCCUAACCUAUGUCAGUGACCUAUAACAUGAUUAGUUAAUUUCUUAUAGUUACCGUAUUUUCUCGACUAUACGCCUAUCACGCGAAUAAGCCGACUCCCUAAUAUCAGCCUCAAAAUAGUGAAUUUUUAAAAAUUCGCAUAACACGGCGCAUGCAUCUAUUACAGUCAAUGAUGUUCAAUACAAAUUUAAUAUUUAAAUAUCGCGAUUUGCUACCUUCUUGUAUAUGGCACACACAUUCUAGCGCCGCUGUCCACAUUUUGAUUAAAACAAUUUUCGAUUAAUAUAUUUUCUGUUUUAUCGUAAUGGAAGACAGCACUUUGCGGCACAACUGAAUUACUGCCGACAUGAAAGGACUUAAAUCAGCGCCGACUUGAAGUACCAAACGUAUAACAUGAGGACAUUUUUGAUUGAAAAUAUUUUACAAUCAUGAUUUUAUAUUAACGUAGUCGAUUAUUUUUCGCAAGUCUUCUCAAACAUGAUUUGUGUAAGCUUCAUAUAUGGGCUGAUAUAUUUUAUAAUGUAUGCCAAAGUGUCUGCCGAUUAUUUAAUUGACUUUGUAUACCAGCUGUUAUUUGUCUUAAUCCUUUUAAAAACAAAAACGUGGCCGGUGCAAUGAAGCACUUCCUGCCCGAUAACGGCACUUCAGAAAGAAAUCCACUUUAGAAAGAAAUCGGCUACCUUGAAAUAAAGUGAUUGAUUUAUGACCCUUCCGUUUUGCUGAUUCAGAAAAAAACGGGAAAACACAGCUGUUGCCUAACCCAUGGACGUACAGCACAGUAUUUAUCACACCAUAUUCAUAUGUUAUUUCAAUCUUUCAGUUACCGUAAAUGGUUGUUCAAAAUGAUGGGAAUUACAGUUUUAUUGUUAAGAAUUAUUAUUGUGUCAUUACUUCAACAGCGUGAGCGAUGUCAUGCAUGAUGUGCCGGUAAAUAUUUCAAUUACAACGGAGAGAGAUAGAUAAGAGUGCUCAAUUACAACUGGGUGAGAUAAGAGUGCUUAUGAGCGCAACUAAAAAGGAUAACAUAUUGUAAAUGUGAUUAAAAUUCGGGCGUAGUUGCUAACGACGAUUGCGCACAAAUGAUAACGUUUUGACCACAAGACGGCUGGCCAUAGAUCAAUGCUGUUGCUCUUAUGCAAAAGAUACAAUAAAAGUUAAUCAAAUACAAGCCAUCACGUUUAUGAUCAGACAAUCACACCUGGACAAGCGAUCGCGUGAGUGCGUGCAUGCUUUUUAUCGCGAGAACUUGGCAUGGUUUGAAGCUUUUUGAAUUACCGGCAAGUCAGCAUAAUAUCUUCUCGUUGCGUGAUCAAAUUCUGAUAUGUGAAUGAGCCGAUUUUUUGGUGCAAUCUGAGUCAUGCGCCAAUAAGAGGUCCCUUAGUUUUGCAACUUUUUUUUUGAGUUCUAAACUCGGCCUAUUCGCGAUCAUAUACGGUAUAUAUAUUCUAUCUCACAAGCUGAGAUUUCAUUCAUGAUACAUUUAUUAUUGAUUUAUCUUUCUUUCUUAAUUUUGGAUUUUGAAAAGCGUGAAUGUGAACUAUUUGUAUUGCAUUUUAGGCAAUAGUCAUUUAUUUCAGAAGAUAAAAAAUACAUGAUUUUUUAGAUAUUCUUAACUAUAGAGAAUUCUAUCAAAAUCAUGGAAUCCACUGAAAACAUAUUUCCCUGCCUUAUCUGUGAUGAAAACUUUUCAUCAGGGCCCAGUUUAAAAAAGCAUAUGUUUUUGCACAUUAACUAUGGAACUGGCGAUUUAGGGGAAUACGCAACUAACAACAUUGCGGGAACUAGUCUGCCUGUCAACCCUGAGAAGCCUCACGGAAAGGAUAUCAUCAGUGGCUGCAGCAGAGAUAAACCAUUUGAUUGCCAACAAUGUGGAAAGAACUUCAAAUUAAAGUGGCAUUUAAAUGAGCAUAUGAGAACUCAUACUGGUGAAAAACCUUAUAUAUGUAAACAAUGUGGUAAGGGUUUUUCACAACACUGUAAUUUAAAAGUGCAUAUGCGAACUCAUACUGGAGAAAAACCAUAUAUUUGUAAACAAUGUGGAAAGUGUUUUUCGCGAGUAGCCCAUUUACAUGUGCAUGAGCGAACUCAUACUGGGGAGAAACCCUAUGUUUGUAAACAAUGUGGCAAGGGUUCUCAUUUACGAGUGCAUGAGCAAACUCAUACUGGGAAGAAACCCCAUGUUUGUAAACAAUGUGGUAAGGGUUUUUCACAACACUGUAAUUUAAAAGUGCAUAUGCGAACUCAUACUGGAGAAAAACCAUAUAUUUGUAAACAAUGUGGAAAGUGUUUUUCGCGAGUAGCGCAUUUACAUGUGCAUGAGCGAACUCAUACUGGGGAGAAACCUUAUGUUUGUAAACAAUGUGGUAAAGGUUUUGUGAGGUCAUCUAGUUUACAUGUGCAUGAGCGAACUCAUACUGGGGAGAAACCUUAUGUUUGUAAACAAUGUGGUAAGGGUUAUUUGCAAUCAUCUCGUUUACGAGUGCAUGAGCAAACUCAUACUGGAAGGAAACCUUGGACAAUAUCGCGAAAGUGGAUGUGAUGAGGAAGGGGAUAUAUAUUAAAUGUCAAGAUUCACAAAUAGGGGUUCGCGGCCUCAUACUGGGGAGAAACCUUAUAUUUGUCGUAAAUGUGAAAAACCCUUUUCAUGACGGCAUGAACGAACUCAUAUUGGAGUAAAAUCUUUAUGCCUAUACACAAUGUGGAAGGAGUUUUCCAGUUUUAUCAAAUUUACGUGUACAUGAGCAAACUCAUACUGGAGAGAAAGAAAUCUUCUGCAUAAUUUAUGUCUUCAGGCUUAAAAAAAUCCAUGCCCUCAUGAUCUGGUCAAAAAAUUUAUUGGAGGUUUUCAAAAGUGAGGUUCUUAAAACUGUUGAGAGUUGAAAAUUGCACCGAGUUGUUUACUUAAUUCUAAUGUAUUCUAUUUCAAUAAGGCAUCCAAAGCUCGUAGGUGCUUAUUAUUUGAUGAUGGUAUUGUUACUAUACAACAGCCAUCAAAAUGCAAGAGUGCAAUUAUUUGUCAUAGUAAUAGACUGAUAAUACAAAGUAUUGCCAUUAUAAGGAAUUACAAAUACCAUUGAAAGGUAUUGCCAUCAUAUCAUAAGGAUCCCCGACAUACGUUCUCAGCCCUGCACCAUGUUUCUAGGAUUACUGACUCAAUAUGUGUUUCGCCAUAUGAUUGUGCUGUCUUAAUGACUUUCUUCUCCACCGGAAUGAAUAUGUAAAUCCUAAUUCUUUUUUCAUUGAUUGCAAAGCUUAAAAAUGCAAUGCAUUUAUUUUAGAUAUUCUUGGAUAAUUAUGGAAAAUUAUAUCGUAAUCAUAGAAUCCACUGAAGACAUAUUUCACUGCUUCAUAUGGAUGAACUAUAAUGGAACUGGAAAUUUAAACAAACAUGCAACUGACAACAUACUGGGAACUAGUCAGCCUACUAACUGUGAGAAUAUUACAAGUAAAACUGGCGACGAGGAGAAAUCUGAUGAAUCUGGAAAAUCCAAAAAUUGUGAACAAAUUGUACGGGAAGUUGGAAGAAAUCCUGUCACGUCUCUUCUGAGUUAUGAACAAUAUGGAAAGGGCUUUACACAGAGAAUAUAUUUCAAACAGCAUUUCACCUUUGAAAGUCUAUGUGGAUAAAGUGCUCAAAUUCAUAUUUUUUAAAACCUGCCCAAGGAUGCAAGUAAGUGAGUGAAUGUUAACGCAUUAUGUAUUUUCUUCUAUUUUUUUACAAUUGUAUUUGUGAAUCCAAUCCAUGUCCCUGUUUGAUUGUAAAUGGGUGUGUUUAGUUUUAUAAAAGGAUAUAUUAAAUAGCAAUGAUAUUAUUUUGUUGAGUUUUGUUUUAUUAUUCCCUGGCUAUCUGGGAUUGCAUUAUUAAGACCCUUUUAAUGUCUUUUGCAAGACUGCAUUUUCAGCUCUUACCAAUAUAAUAACACAAUACAGGUCGAGAUGUACGAGUUUGCUGUCACAAA